AUGGCGACGACAAACACUACACCUGCCCUCGAACCUCCUCCAGGCACAAAAUCCAACUUUAUCGACCCACCGACACUGAUGCCCGCUAUCAUCGCCGGAACAAUUGUUAUCCAUCUCUUCACCGCCGUAUUCAUCCUCACCCGGAUAUCUGCCAACGUUAUAUCUAAAGAGGUCCGAAUCGAAGACUAUCUCUCUUACUUGGCAUACUGUGGGUACAUCACGUACACUGUCACGAUUGUACACACCGAAUCUCUGGGACUUGCACGCCACAUGUGGGAUGUUCCACUUGCAGGCUUCGCCAACAUGUCCUUCUGGUGCAACGUCGUGUUUAUAUGUUAUACAGCAAGUGGCGGUCUUGCCAAAACGGUCGUGUUUCUGCAGCUCAAGAGGUUCUUUACUACAUUGUUCCGGGGCGCUGUCUUCUGGGUCAUCGUUGGCUCGUUAAUCGCAAAUGCUGGGUUCUACUUGGCGAUGUUCUUCUUGUAUAUAUUUACAUGCUGGCCUCGUGAAAAGAUAUGGGAUCCUACUGUCGAGGGCCAUUGCAUCGACAGCAACAAGUUGAACUUGGCGAUGGGCAUACUGAAUUUCAUCAGUGACGCGGAAGCUUUGUUGGUCCCGACUUGGGCUAUUUGGCAGCUGCAGAUGGAUCUUAGGCAGAAAAUUGGAGUGUUCGCUGUCUUUGGCGUAGGGGUUUUUGCUGUUGCGAUUGCAGCUGUUGGAUUGUAUUAUCGGAUCGUGCUCCUUCAACAGCCGGACUUCACUUGGCUCCUCACUAAGGCGGGUUUAACCUGCAUGGCUGAACUCGCUAUCGUCAUUAUCGUGGGUUGUUGUCCUUCUGUUCCACGCGUACUUGGAUAUUUCAAAGCGCAAAAUUCAACGCACGACGGAUAUGACUAUGACAAGCGCCACUCAAUACCGUCAAGACCAGCCUCUAGACUCAACCCGUUCAACAAAUACCUCACGAGUGAUAUAGGGAUGUCAAAGCUUGACUCGAGGGCUUCUGAGGAGCACGUUGAGCUACAUGACUACCAGGAGGAAAGAUGGAAGGAGGAGCUCGGCGGUUGCAAUAGCGUUAGUCAUGAGUAG